AUGCAUAUACUGCGGUGGACAUUCUUGUUGUUCACAUUGUGCGGCUGUUAUCCGCCUCUUUCGUGGAAGAGACCUGUGCAAAAAUUUCUGUAUGAAAUUUAUACAAUAUUCUCAUUCCUGGUUCUCAAUAGUUUCUUGCUUUUUCAAAUAUUGGAUAUGAUAUGCAACGUAGAAAACACAGAUGAUUUCAGCGAUAAUUUCUCCGUGACAGUGGUGGUGUUUGUCACGUGCCUCAAGCUUUUCACUAUACUGAUAUAUCGAGCAAACUUCCUACUUUUGUGCAAUACGUUGCAAAAGGAGCCAUUUUUACCAAUGAACGAAGAAGAGUUCGAAAUUCUGUUGAAAUUCGAGAAAAUUACCGAUUGGAACACACUUGGUUACAUGAUCCUGCUCGUGAUUUCUGAUUUCUUUAUACUCGUAGUGUCGCUUCUUGCAAAUUUCAAGAACAGAAAACUAGCGUUUCGAACAUGGAUACCAUACGAUUACUCGUCGUUAUCUACAUACCUGCUUACUUUCCUUUAUCAGUCGUUAUUCACGGCGAUAUGCACUUUUGGAUGCGUCGCCAGCGACUCUCUGUACAGUGGCCUGUUGAUACAUAUUAAUUGCCAAUUCGAAAUACUAGAGCAUCGUCUGAAGAACAUCGAAUCGAACCAGAAUUAUUCAGUGAGGCUGUGUGUUCGUCAUCACGAUCAUAUAUACAAAUUUGGCGAAAUGGUAAACGAGGAAUUUAAAAUGAUCAUGCUUUUUCAAUUCUGUACAAGCCUGUCUACGAUCUGUUUUAAUUUCUAUCGAAUAACACAAAUCGAAAUGGAUUCGAGAUUCGUAGGAACGCUUCUUUACAUGGCCUGCUCGUUGAUGCAGAUAUUUUAUUAUUGCUGGUUCAGCAAUGAAGUCAAACUCAAGAGUUUGGAACUUUCUGAUAUGAUCUUCAGAACCGACUGGACAUCGUUAAAUAACAACGUUAAGAGAGCUUUUUUGAUGUUAAUGAGGCGUGCUAUGAGACCGAUCGAAUUUACCAGCAUUUACGUCAUCUCCGUCAAUCUUGAGUCCUUCAUGACACUACUGAAGACUUCUUACUCCGCGUUCAAUUUUUUCCAACAGACCCGGGAAUCAUGAAAAUGCGGGAAAUUUCUUAAUUUAGAACUGUCUGCCUUCGAUACUUCCGAAUAGAAUAAUAAUUGUCCACUUA